AUGGCUGCUGGCUCAGAACGAAGACAUGCCAGACCCGGUGCCGAAGAAGAAGUCACCACCGGAAAAACUCAUGCAGGCCUGGCGUCGCAUGGUGUUGGCAACCAUCAGGUUGUACCUGGAGGUGAUGUUACAGUCGGUGACCGACUACCUGACAAGCAGAAACAGGGGAACCAUGGCAAAGCUCCCGAAGGCCAAGAAGGACAAGUCCCUGGUCCCAGCGGAGUCGAAGAAGACCGCCAAAGUCAGGCGUGGCAUAGGGCAGCCUCUGCCUCGCUCCAAAGCAUGCAAAAGCUGGCCCAAAGAGCCCUUGGACUGUGCUCACGAAGAAAGCCAAUUGAGGCAGCGGGGGUCAAAGGACAGUUUUUGGUGGACGUGCCUGCAAUGUGGAAGCCGAUGGCAGCGCGUGGAGUGGGAACCCGACAUGGAGCUCAACGCUGGUGCGGCCUCUUCAGGGGAAUACCGCGGUUCAGCGGGAACAGAGAAGAUCCAGACGUCUUCCAAGGUGGCAUCCCCAAGCAGACUGCCACCGCCGAGAUCAAGGCCCAACCUGACAACCUUGGUCGUCGAGGAGGAGACAGUGGUCCGCACAGAUCCCCUGAUGGCACACGAAGGGAGGAUGACACCAGCACCCAUGCAGUCAGAAGGACAACUCCCAAUGCCGCUGGAGCACCCACAGAACCGCCACCGCCAAGCAGCCAUGGGGAUUCCACCAACAACCAGUCUGGUGACCGACAUGGCGGCUCAGGCACUGAUGGAUGGGAUAGAUUUCGACCCAACCGAUCAGACAGCCGAUCAGCAGUUGGAGAAGUUGAUGGCCGAGCACAAGAAGGAGCGCCGCAAGCAGAUGCAGAUGGCCAGUGGAGUUCGACCUGCCCAACCAAGGUCAAAGUCUCGAGGACCAGCAUCAUCGGAGCUGGAAAUCCAGGAGAUCCACACGUCGGACGACGAGACGACUCCACGCAAAGCCAUCCAAGACUUUCAGAUGGUGACUCCAUGAAGAACCAGGUAUGCAAAUCCCAGGAAUAUGAGGGCAAUGGUGGAUGCAAGACGAAUUCAAUAGCGAAACCACUUGCCCAGGCCACGAAGUUGGCAAUGUUUGCAACGGUCCUGGUUUGCUCUCAGUUGCCCGAUGCAGAGCAACGGAUCUCUACGUUGCUUGGUCCUCGGAUGGAGUUUGAGGACAGCUACAGCACUGAGGGUGACCUGGGCAUCAAAGAAAUGACUUUUUCCUUGAAUGCCAGCACGUCUGAGCUGGCCCGCACUGAUUUUGAUGGUGUGCCCAAAACCAUCGACAAGCAGCAACGACAACACGUUUCUUUUGCACUACGAAACUAUCUCGACCACAUUGGCGAGAUCUACAGCCCUCCAAGAGCCACUGCAAUGUCUCCAGGUGAAGGACUCCGUGGGAAGAUAGCGCUGGACUUGACCAACGGCUGGGACUUCUGCAAGUCAGAGCAUCGCCAAAAGGCUGUGAAGCUGGUGAAGACGCACAAACCUGCAGUGCUGUUACUUUCACCUCCAUGUGGACCAUUCUCAUCCCUACGGAACUUGUCAAACAGCAAGCGUGACAGUGAACAAGUUCGACGUGAAGUCAUCGAGGGUGAGCUCCACAUGAACUUCGCCAUCAGCCUGGCCAUGCUACAGAUCUCCGAAGGCCGUGGGUUCAUCCUGGAACAGCCCAAGAAUGCCAAGUCUUGGAAACUCCCCAAGAUGCUGGAGUUGCUGGAUCAUCCAGACGUUUACCAGAUCCGCGUGGACAUGUGCCAGUUUGGCCUACGUGCUCAAGCAGGUCCCUGCAAAGGGGAGCUGGUCCAAAAGCCCACACUCCUGGCCACCAACAUUGCAGAGAUGGCUCACUACGUUCAGAAGACUUGCAACAAGUCGCAUCAACAUGGAAUGCUGGUUGGCGGCUCAGCUAAGAUGGCCGCGAUCUACACGCCCCACUUUGUCAAGGCAUUGCUGCAUGGUAUCAAAAAUGCCCUUGGAAUCAAAGCAGCAAAGCCUCAGAAUCCACAACUUCACCAAGCCUUCCUGUAUGGCAAGUCGAUUGGCAUCCAAGCCCAAAUUUUUGCAGUGGAUUGCCAAGAGGUCAACAUGGAUUUUGCAAUGGCCUCCAAUUCACAUCCGCAAUCAUUGGACUUUCAGGCCGAUGGACUUAGGCAGGUGGUUGGAUUUGGACUUGAGCCACCUGCCCGGCCAAAUGCAGAAGCCAGUGGACUUUAUCCAUCCAAUGGACUUUCACGGAUGGUCUGGCCUGCAGCAGCGGAUGAUGAAGACUUGCCUGAGGCAGUUGUGCCAGAGGCAGUGGAUGACGAGGUGUUGGAAGAAACUCGCCGUCAGCUUCGCAAUGUUGGCGAGCAACCUGGAGUUUCCAAAGCCCUUGCAAAGAUGGAGGACUUCAAAAAGGUGGAUGAGGGAGAGUUCUCGCUUCCUCCAAACUUGAGGCGAGAAGUUCAUCGAGUGCAUCGGAAUCUUGGCCACCCUGGAUUGGACAUCUUCGUCCGUGCUUUGCAGAAUGCUGGAGUUCAGGAACAUAUCAUCCAGUGGACCAAGAGACACUUCAGAUGCCCAACAUGCGAUGCACUUCCUCGACCAAAACCAGCACGACCUGGACACUUGAUGCGAGCAUUGGAGUUCAACACUGUGGUUGGCAUUGACCUUUGCUUCUUGGACUUGCAGCACAAACAGGUCAUCCUGCUCAACAUGCUGUGUUGGGGCACCAACUUCCAACAAGCAUGCAUCUGCCAGAGCAAGAAUGCAGAUGAGGUGGUUGAACGUUUCAUGAAUGAAUGGGUGAAGCAUUAUGGACCUCCCGUUCUUUUGGUCAUGGACAGAGGCAAGGAGUUUGACAACGACAAGCUCAAGGAGCUUGUGCGUGGUCUUGGCGUUGGACUCCACUACACAGACGCCCAAUCACCUUGGCAGAACUCAAGAACUGAGAAGGCUGGAGGUAUCUUGAAAGAGAAGAUCCUAGCGACAAUCCACGCCACAUCAGCCUCGAUGGAAGAGCUGCCAUAUGUCAUCUCUGAAGUGGUAGCAGGACGAAACCGCUACAUGGAUCGAUUUGGAUUUAGCCCCAUGCAGCGUGUCUUCGGCAAGAACCUGCGCCUCCCAGCCUCUCUCCUUGCCACCGACGCCCUGAACCGCGAGCUGGCGGAUGCGUCGGCCACAGACCCCAUUCACCGAUCAUGGGAGAUUCGAGAUGCAGCUGCCCGCGAAUGGAUCCGAAAGCAGGACCAAGGUGCUGUGCGACGCAGUCUGCGCGCUCAAACCCGCACCAGCGACCAACAGAAGAUUCCUGCUGGAUCAUGGGUCUACGUCUUCCGGGACACACCUUCCUACAAGGGUUGGGUUGGCCCUGGCGUCACUAUCGCCGAAGACCCCACUGGAAAAUCAUCCUGGGUGUCUAUGCGCGGCAGGCUAUGGAAGGCAUCUCGAGAACAACUUCGACUAGCCACACCUGAAGAAGAGCUUGGAGCCGAGCUCAUUGUUGAGCUUUCCAAAGAGAUGCUGGCGAAACUGAGCAAGCCAGGUCAUGUCGUCUAUCAAGAUGUCACUCAAGAAGGAGGACCCACAGACGACUAUUAUGAUGAAGUUCUCAGGACCUUGAAUGUCCGUGAAGAAGGAGCUCAACAAACUGAGACCCAAGAUGGCUCAUCUCAAUCAGGUGAUGCAACAACUUCAACCACGACGAGCACCACGGGAAGCUCUUCAGGUCAAGCUCACAUGGAGGUGGACACGGAAGUGGAUGGUUCAAAUGUGACGACGGCACCAAACUCUGAACUGCCUAGCAGACGUGCGAGCAUCGCAUCUGAGACUGGAGUGCCAACCGCACCAAUGGAAGUCAUUCCAGAAGUGAGUGAACCAGCAAGCCCUGUGAGCAUGCCCCCACAACCAAUGCUACCGGCAAGAACUUUUGGCCCGUCAGCUGUUGAACGACAACGUCAUUCAGCACCAUACCCAGCUGCACGGCCACGAGCACCUGCACAAGAACCGUUGUUGGAUCAGCCAGAGACACCAACGCUGAGACAAAGUUCUGUGACAGGUCCCACACCAACCUUGAGUCAGAGGUCAGUGACAGAAGCAGCCCCAAGGACACCAUUUCCAUUCAACCCGGGUGCGCCCUCUCUUCCAAGGCCACCGAAUCAAUCUCUCUAUGUGGAAGUGAUCAAUUUUGAAGAUGAUUCACACCUGUUUUCUGCAGUGCAGGCACCAGCCUUCAUCGGUGCCACAUGGAAGUUUUGCCGAGAACAGCAAAGGUCAACUUUGAGACCUUGCACUGAAGAUGAGGCCACGUUUUCAUGCCAGCAAGCAGAGGCAAGCUAUUGCAUCCGAGACAGCUGCAUGUACGUGACCAAGACAAAAUCAUCUUUUGGACAAGUUGAAUUUUCGAAGUUGCCUGAAGAAGAGAAGAGAAUGUUUCGGGCUUCACGCAAAAAGGAGCUCGACAGCUUGGUUUCCACUGGCGCUGUGCGAAUUCUGUCUGUGGAGGAAAGUCUCAGAUUUUUGCGAGACACACCAGAACAGGUGAUUGAUUCCAAGUAUGUGGACCGCUACAAGCCUAUUGCAGUUUCAAAAGGAAAGCUGGAGGAGUACAAGUCCAAAGCACUGACUCAGGGACACUUCAAAGCCAUCGAGCUGGAAGCAGAUGCCACCAAUCCAAAAUCACGGUUGUGCGCAGUGGGAUGGCAGGAUCCGCAGAUCCUCGAGGUGGAGCGUUCUUCCCCGACGCCAUUGUCAACGAGCUUGUAUGCGUGCUUGCAGUUGGCAUCAAGCAGACGAUGGGCUACACGGGUUAAGGAUGUGAAGACCGCUUUCCUGCAGGCCUUGCCGACCACCAGGUCAAAACCACUUGCCUGCCGGAUGCCACGUGAUGAAUGUCCAGAAGGACUUGAUCCACGACAGCUCCUGUUGCUGCUCACCGAGAUCUAUGGCCUGGUGACUGGACCCAGCUGGUGGAGAAGGACACUUCUCAAAACAGCGACUGAGAAGCUGAAGUAUGAGGUGAAUUGCUAUGACAGGUGCAUCCUCACACUUCCAGCUGAAGAAUCCAAACGUGGAUCCCCAGGUGCAUUGUCCGACGGCUUCAUCGUCAUUGAGGUUGACGACAUUGCGGAGGCUGGUGGACCGCGGCAUCUGGAGAAAAUGAAGCAGUUGGAGUCAAUGCUAACUUUUGGAAAAGUAGAGAACUUGCAGUCUGCUGAAGGAACAAACUAUGCAGGACGUCAUUUGCGCCAGCUGCCUGAUUUCAGCUUUGAGAUCACGAUGGAGGAGUUCAUCUACACGCGACUGGAACCGAUUCUCAGUCACAAAAAGGUUCUCAAAAAGCAUGCAGCUGAGACGCAACUGAACGAAAGCGAGAAGACGCAGUUGAGAGGCUUGAUCGCUUCUUUGAACUGGGUGUCAAGGGAAGGAAGGCCUGAUGCUUCAUCCGCAGCAUCAAUCCUGGCUUCGUCGUUUCCAAACCCGACAAUGGAGCAUGUGCAUGCCGCGAAUGAGGUGGUGAAGCACCUGAAGACCUUUCCUGUGACCCUCCGGAUUCAUGCGAUUCCUGAAAGCCAACUGCGACUGGUCCUGAUAGCAGAUUCAGCAUUUGACACCAGUGGACGUGAGAAAUCUCAACAUGGAUGGUUGCUUGGAUUUACAAAUCCACUACUGAACAGAGGAGAGCCUGCGCCCAUCUCUCUUAUUCAGUGGCGAUCCAAGCGGCUUCGGAGAAAGGCAUCAUCUUCAUUGCUGUGCGAGGCGAUUUCGAUGUCUGCAGCGACAGGUGCUCUGGAACGCUUGGACGCCUUCUUCCAAAGCAUCCGCCUGUCAGACUACAGCCCGAGACGAAAGCAGCUUUCAGAAGAUCAAUACCUUGAGGCCGCUGGAAAGGCAACAGUCAUUGCAAAUGACUCCAACAUCUAUCGAGAUCCUCACAGUGUCUGCGUCAUGGAUGCGAAGAGUCUGUAUGAUGCUCUGAAUUCGGAGCAAAGCCAGGGCGAUGAUGAUAGGAGUGCAUUAGAAACCGCGAUCAUUCGCGAAUCCAUGUCAGUGUGCCGCAGCCGACCCCGAUGGAUCCCUCACAACAUGAACCCAGCUGAUUCAAUGACGAAAUUUGUGGGUGGGCAUCAUGAACCCCUGUUGAAGUUGUUGAAGACUGGAAAAUUUAUGAUAGAGGAAGAAGAAGAGGUCUUGCUGCGCGGCAAACAUUGUGAAAACUUUUGCCUGCUGACCGCAGAGCUCUUGGGCGCAAGUUCAGACGGAAAAGGCCCAGAGUGGUCCCUCUUGGCGGCGCGCAUGGAGUCCGACCGCAUCGGUGUUUUCUGGCGGGACCGGGAGGAUGGCGGGCCCAGCUUGCUCCAGCGGUUUUUGAACAUCGGCAAGCGCUGCGUGGGCAUCUUCGCCAAGAGUUCGCCGCCCGAGCCAAACCCGGAGGUGGCUUUAUAUUUGGAAUCCAUCAAUAUCCAGCAGAGGCACUUGUUGACGAUCUACAACGUCUUCCAUGCCUUGAAGGGUCUGGAGGAAGAUGAUUCCUUCUACACCACCGUCUAUGCGGUGAACGCCGAAGUCCUUCCUGUGUUGAUUGAAGAUCGGAGGAAGUGGGUCCUGAAGCUGUUGAAAUGCAUCCUCAAACUGGGCGAUUGCGAAAGGGAAGCGACCUGGGACAAGUUCCUCUGGGUGAUGUUACGCUUUUGUUCGUUGAACAAAGUGGAGCUGGCACAGGCCUUGUUUCUCUGCAUCUUGCGCAUUCGUGAUUCCACCACGUAUCACUACAUCCGCUACUACGAGCUGGGUGAGUUCUUUGCCAUCUAUCGCAACUGCCCUGUGCGAUCCUUUGAUACGGCGGACAUCAACUUUGACCUCCUGCCCACCAGAAGGUACUAUGCCUCCGACUUCGCGGAACUUCUCAUGAGAUAUCCGGUGCUGCUGCAUCCUAUGCUGCACCUGCAGCAGUGUUUGCAGUUGAAACUGCCGGGCUUAGACUUUUGGGAGCCUUGGAAUUGGUCGGUGUCCUUCUGUCGGAAGAUCACCUUCGACUUUUUCCUCAUGGAGACGGGUCGGAUCUUCCUCCGCGGCGAGCCGCCCUUUCGGGAAACCUGUGACAUGUUGUGUCCGGAUGCUUUGGGUGCUGUGCCCAUCAACCAAGAUCAAUGGAUCUUGAGAACGUGCUUCGCAAAGAACGGGCAGGGCAUAGCGCAGAUCUUCGUAUGGGGUGAACAACCUCUGCCAGAUGCUUGGGAAAAGAAUUAG